AUGUCUGAGAAUAUCUAAAAUAGAGUAUCAUCAAUCUUUGAAAAGCUCAACAACAUCUCUACUAGUGUUUAGGAUGAGUAAGUUACUAAUAAUACCUAAUAGAAAAAAUAAUCGUUUUCAUGCUAUAAGUUAAUUGAUUAUGGCUUUUGAGGCUUAAUUGUAACAUCAAUCUGAUUAGAAAGAAGAGAAAUUUGCUUAUAUUGCAUAAAAAGUUAGACAAAUUACUGAAUUUUUAGAAUAAGAAUAAGAAGAGUAAAAGUUGCAUUGAUAUUUCUGUAGUCGUGAAAGAUAAGAAAGUGAAACUUAUAAAUUGAUAACUGAUUUAGAAAGACAUGCAAGAAGAUUAAUAGAGCAGAAUUCAAAAGAUAGAGUAGAAUAAGAAAAAAAAAUAGUUUAUUCAAUUGGCCAAUAAAUUGAGAAUCUAUAAUAGGAUGUCAUCAAAGAGGGUCUGGUAAUAAUAAAGUAGUUAAUAAGUAGGCUUAACAAACAUCUCAUGAAUAUAUUGAUUCUUACUUAAACGAAGAUUUGCCAAAAAUAGCAGAUGAGUUGUAAAAUGAAAUUACAGAAAGAAAAGACGUUGAAGAAAAGAUAUAUCAUUAAUUUGUCGAAUAACUCAAUGACCUAAGGGAAUUAUUUGAAAGGUUUAUAUUAGUUUAACAAUGUAGAGAAAAGAAGGAAAGAGAAACAAAAGAAGAGGAAAUUGUAGAAAGUCUGAGGGAAAUUUCAGGAAGAAUUUAAGAAUAAUUAAGAAAAACAAAGGGAGAAAGAGAAAAAACUGAAGAAACACUAGUCUAAUUGGUUGAGAAAGUAAUUGAAAAGUUAAAGAGAGAGAUGCUUGAAAUGAACUUAUGA